GAGAAAGAGCGGGGAGGGGGGGCGCGUAGGACGCAUGCGCACGAUGCAGCUCAUUCUGUUAGUUUGUUUUUGAGUGGCAGGAGAAAAAGGAAUGAGAACAAGUAAGAAGAGCAGGGCCUUGCUGGGCAUGCGCGCUAAUUCACCAACUGGUUCCGUGCCGUAGUGUACCGUGUAGCACGCCAUCCUUUCCGUAUUUUCUCGCGCCCGGUGGUCGCGAACCCACUCCGGGCCGGGAGACUCCGGAUUGAAGAAGGGAAACUAGCUUUCCCGGCGUGCCUUGCGGGCGCCUGGAAGGGGCGUGGCGGCGGCGGCGGUGUUCGUGGUGCUCCUUUUGCCGGCCGAGAAGGGGGGGAAGAGAAGCAGAUCAGCAUCGGAAGUAUGGCAGAGUUGAGAGUCUUUCCUCUUGCCUGCGUUGUGCAGAACUAUGCCUGGGGCAAGUUAGGCCGGGACAGCGAAGUGGCCAAACUUUUGGCAAGCAGUGAUCCUAUGGUGCAAAUUGAAGAAGACAAGCCCUAUGCAGAGCUCUGGAUGGGGGCUCAUCCCAAGGGAGAUGCAGUGAUCCUGGAUAAUCGCAUCCCCCAGAAGACUUUAGGGCAGUGGAUUGCGGACAACCCGGCCUGCCUAGGGGCCAAAGUGAAAGAUGCUUUCCAAGGCCAGCUGCCUUUCUUGUUCAAAGUCUUGUCAGUCAACACAGCUUUGUCUAUCCAGGCUCAUCCCAACAAGGAGUUGGCUGAGAAGCUUCAUGCCCAGUAUCCAGAGCAUUACCCCGAUGCCAACCACAAGCCGGAGAUGGCGAUUGCCCUUACUCCUUUCGAGGGUCUGUGUGGCUUCCGUCCUGUUGAAGAAAUUGUGGCCUUCCUCCAGAAUGUUUCAGAGUUCCGAGCCUUGAUCGGGAGCGUAGCUGCCGAGCAGCUGGAGCGCAGUGUGGGGGAUGACCCUCGGGGUGUUUCAGCCGCACUGCGCGUGUGCUUCACUCGGAUGAUGAAGACCGAGAAGAAGGUCUUCGUGGACCAGCUCAACAUGCUUGUGAAGAGGAUCUCCCGAGAAGCUGCCGAAGGGAAGGAUACCUCACCCAGCUGUGGCGAACUGCUCCUUCGGCUGCACUCACAGUACCCCGGAGAUAUCGGCUGCUUUGCCAUCUAUUUCCUGAACCUGAUGAAGCUGCAGCCGGGAGAGUGUAUGUUCCUGGGAGCGAACGAGCCUCAUGCCUACCUCAACGGAGACUGCAUUGAGUGCAUGGCGUGUUCAGACAACACGGUGCGAGCCGGCCUGACCCCCAAGUUCAUCGACGUCCUCACCCUGUGCGAAAUGCUGAACUACACGCCGGCCCCCAGCAGCUCCAAGCUCUUGGCCCCGACUCAAAGUCGCACGGAUCCGCACGUCUACCUCUACGAUCCCCCCAUCCCAGACUUUGCGGUCAUGAAGAUAGAGCUUCCUGCCUCUAAUAAGUUGUACCUCAUUUCGGCGAUUGACUCGGCUAGCAUCCUCUUGGUGGUCCAGGGAACGGCCACCGGCACCUCCACGGCAGCCGUCUCGGAAAUGGCCCUGCACCGCGGCUCUGUGCUCUUCAUCUCGGCCAACGAGAGCGUCUCUUUGCACAUGUCUUCAGGUGAAGGGAUGCUGCUCUUCCGAGCCUGCUGCCUCUUAUAAUGUGGGACUCCUUGCUCUUUCCCUCCCUUGUUCUGACUUGACGUAGCAUCAAUAGAGAUCGGCCAGUCCCCUCCGUCCUGUCUAUGGAUCCAUCUGUCAGACUGCCGGGUCAAAAAGCCCAGGCUUUAGGGCUCAAGCUUGUAUGAUCAGCAGUUGUUUCCCCAGCUCCUUGGUUCUGCCCUGGGCCGGCCCUACCAUUGGCUAAUAGCAAAGAAGCACGGGACUGGAAGGUUUUGCAGUAGCCCUGUUGUUCCUUACUGUGUGAUCAUUGUAGUCUGAAAAGCAGCUCGGUUUUUACAUACCUACAACCCAGUUUUACCUGCUGUAGAGUUCUAAUGAGGUGGUGGUGGGGGAGAUCUUGUGGCAUUCAAGAUUAUGUUAAACUCCAGUUCCCAUCAGCUUUGCCAGCAUGGACUGGGAAGACAGAUAAUGGGAGCUUAUUAAUAUCUGGAGGGCCAUAGAUCAAGGCCAAGAUUGUGAACAUUUGGAUUUCCAUAGGUUGGGGGCCUGUAGUUCUUGUAACAGCUCACUAUUGGCCAUGUGGGCCAAGGUUGACGGGAAUUGUAGCCCAGUAUUCUCUAGUGUCAUGCUAUAACUCCCGUCAUUCCUGAGUAGGAGUUGUGUUCCAGCCUAUCUAGAGAUCUUGAAUGAAGACCAGCCAAGCGUUUAGCAUAGAUCCAGAACACCAUGGCUGCCCAGCUGUUGUCAAACUCCAUCUCCCAUCAGUCUCAGCCCCAGAAAGCCCAACAUCCAAGGUUGAUGGCCCUUGUGAUCCAGGCACAUCUGCAACGCCAGAGGUUUCUCCAUCUAGAUCUUUAGGAUAUACAUUACUGUAUUUGUGUUGUGCUGUUUUCCUGGGUUAAUAUUCUCUAAGCAAAAACUACUGUAAAAGCAGUGGGGCUGUCAGCUUUAACAAGAGAAGAGCUUGGAAAAAGUUCCUUUUUUGGCCAACAGCAGCCCAAAUCAUCCUGCCUGCCGGAUUUGGGACACUGUAAUUCAAAACUUCCAUUGGCUGUAAAAGCCUAGAUGUUUUUCGCUCACACCAGUAGCAGGAGGAGGGAUUUGGGCUGGAGGAAAGAUCUCAGUGCUGUUUUGCCUCUUUAGGCCGCAGUGUUUUUGCUGUCGUAGCACACUGCCUGCAAAGUUCCGGGAUCGAGGCAAAGAGACCUCUUGGUCCCCGUACAUGCAGCCUUCAUGAAUAUUUUUAUCAGCUUCUGUUAUCCUUGUCUUUGGCUCCUCUCCAACAAAAGUCCUUCCAGUUGUAAUGCAUGGUAUACUCUAAGAGAAAACGGCUUGCUUCUUGAGAGAGCUGCUCACUUUCGUUUCACUUACUGGAAAACAGGGUGGAUUUUAUUUAAAUCGCAAUUUAAAUCAUGAUUUAAUCAGAUUUAUUUUGCUGAUUUAAACCAAACAUAUAUAUAUAUAUUUUAACUUAAAUUGUGAUUUAAAUUAAUUUGAAUUUUAAAAAGUCAUUCAGUUUGAUCUCUCCUGCUGGAAGAGUAACUUUUGCAAGGUUACGACAGCCAUAGCUGCCCUAUCACAGCUAGCAUCAUGAUUGGCUGUGGUGGUUUGGGAAAUCUGGGAAGUUACUGCCCCUAAAGGGAAAUCAUAUCCUAGGCAUCGUAGUUCAAAGAUUCUAGCAAAUCGUAGUUCAAAAAAAGGUAAAACUGUAGAUGGUCAUGAAAGUUGUCGUCUAAAACUUUAAUUCUGCUAAGUUCCCACACUGGCUCAGUUUUCCUGCAGAUCUAGUUAUUCUGGGGAGAUAUAUGUAGGUGCUAGGAAUAUUCUCUUUUUGAAAGCUUUUAGGCCUGGAGUGGGCAACUUACAGCCCCCCAGCCAUUGCUGGAUAACAGGCUGAAUCAAUCUUACCCAGUGGUGAGAGCCCUCAUCCCAUCUUCUAGACCAUUGGUUCUUAACCUUGGGUUACUCAGGUGUUUUUGAACUGCAACUCCCAGAAACCCCAGCCAGCACAGCUGGUG